AUGGCCUAUGGUGGUCGAACUUACGCCACUCUAGCGCCUAUCUAUCACGCGGCGCGCGUUACGCCUUUUGUCAAUCUCAUGUCAUCUCCAGGACUCAACGCUCGACGAUUCACACUACCAGACUCUUCAGAACCCGAUCUCUACAAGGGCAAAAACAAACGACGUAUAAUUGCGAUCACCAACAGCACCCUCGAGGCCGUCAUUUCUGAGACUGAAUUCAGCACACGCCGCCCGACUACAGGUGAAAAUCAGGAGCGAAGCGUAGCAGGCUACUGGGACAAAUGUAGUAUCAGUGUUAUCUGGUUGAUUGUAGUGACCACAUUGCGCACUGGGCUUAAUAUCGUCCGCAACAAUCGAGCUACUUUCUUGAUCACCCUGCCACUUGUCUCGACAUAUCUCGUUCAGGAAUUCUUCCCUUCAGUGCACACACCAGAGAAUCUAAUCAGACCUCUAUGCACUACUGUAGGGCUCAUUUGCAGCUGUGGUCUCCCAGACCUCUUUGCGCCACUGAGUUCGAUCAACUGUAAUGCGGAUUAUUACCAUGGUCUGUGCAUCGGGCCUUCAUCCCAGGCACCUUUGGAAACACCUUCCUUGUCUCUGUUACCGACAACAAGCAUACCCCUUCCUCCUGUGAUUGCACAGGCUGACAAGGACUCGGACGUUUCAAACCAACUCGUUUCGCUGGACCCUAUAUAUCCUUCCUUAGACUUUGGGCUUGCUGAUAGUGGUGCCAAAGCACUGCUGGCCCUCACCUCACCCACUGAAGGGAUAGGCUCCCUUUCCUACAUGGCUAGACUCAUUGCUGUCAUCAGGGGCUACGAUACGACACAGAUGCACAUUAAUCCUCCGCGUGUCGUACUCGAGGAACAGCUUUCUGUUCACAACUGUUGGAAGCUUGCUGGAUCGCGAGGUCACAUUGCCAUUGCCUUGUCGGACACCAUAAUCUGGAGCCAUUUCGCGGUUCACUUUCCCGACUAUCUUGGAAUAACAGAAGUAAGGCUUAGACAGGCUCCCAAAACAGUUGUCAUGUGGGCCCUUGUCUUGACAGAAAACGUCGAAGUCGAAGCUCGUAGCCUUCUCACCGACUGGGACAGAUUUGUCACUGUCAAGGCACUCCUUGACUCAUCGAUUUUCAAUUCCUCUUGCGCCUUCAUGGAGGUGGCGAGAUUUAUCUUCAAGCCUUCGGAUGGAAGCCGUCAGAUAUUUCCUACCCAAAUCCCAAUCCGAACUUCGGUUGUUUUGGUAGAGAUUCUUGAUAAUUGGGGCGAUGAAUCAACUUGCCUUCAUCGAGUUUCAUUCCACAGUGAGAACGUCGCCCAGUGA